GUGCCUACUUCCAGGUACAAGGCUACUACUCAGAGGAGCAGAGCGCUGCAGUUGGAAGCUGGUGAGGCAGCGCUGCGAUGUUUCGUAUUGAGGGCCUCGCUCCGAAGCUGGACCCCGAGGAGAUGAGACGAAAGAUGCGUGAGGAUGUGAUUGCCUCCAUACGGAACUUCCUCAUCUACGUGGCCCUGCUGCGAGUCACUCCAUUUAUUUUAAAGAAAUUGGACAGCAUAUAAAGAUUGGACAUCACAUAUGAAUGCAUGAUACGAAGAACCUGGUUACAGUUUCUACUCACUCGGCAAAUGAAUCUGCAAAUGAAUAGGCCCAGAAAGAUGUCAGAGACUCUUUCAUUGAAUGGACAUAAAAUUUCUACUUGUUAAAGAACAGGUUUGGUUGUGGUAACUGAUCUUCAUAGCUAAAAUAUAAAACUAUUUGGAAAGUAUGAAAAGACAUUUCUAUGCCUGUGAUAUUCAGCCUCCAUCAAUGUUGCUGUGAUUGUAAAUAAUGUCAAAUUCCAUUUUCUAGCAAAUAUUAAUUAUAUAAGAGAAUUAUGUAUGCAGUCGCCCUGUCCUGUCAGUCAUUUCUGUUGACCUUUUUACUUCUGUCUGGAAUGUAUUUGUUGAAGAGUUCCUUAUGAUUAGUUUUAUGGAAGCCAGCACACAACCUCAGCAUUUAAGCACAGGACCAUUAGUCUAUAUUUUUAAUAAAUGUACCAAUUAAGAAAAA